CAGCAGAUGGCACUGUGCUCAAUACGGGUAAAACACUGACCAGUAUGAUGGUAUAGAUUCUGCAUCAGUUUAAUCCCUUGACUUCAUCCACAACAGAGUUAGUCACAGGACUUUAUAUUAAAUAGUUUCAGUAGAAGGGACUCUCGACGGAGCCGUGUUCAUGGUGCGGUUUUCAUAACUUCAUUCUUUAGGAUGAAGAAUGUAAAGAUUUUACAUCUGCUGCUCUUUUUGGUGUUCCUGCAUGCCUGCUUUGCACGUGCAGAUUUUGCACCCUAUUUCUACGACAAUGGACCCUACAGCCACAACGGGAACCUGGCACUGUUCAGCCUCUCAGAGGACACGGCUGUCGGCACACAGAUCUACAGUCUCAAUGGCACAGACCCCGAAGGCCAGGAGGUGAGGUACGGCAUUUCCUUCUAUCCAGGCUCCAAAGAAUACUUCAGGGUCGACCCCGUUUCCGGGAACAUCACACUAGUGGAACAGCUGGACAGAGAGAAACAAGACUCUAUUGACGUCCUUGUCAGCAUCACAGAUGGACGAAGCAAGGUUGUGGAAAGAGUCACAAUAUUCGUAAUGGACGCGAACGACGAAAAACCAGAUUUCCAAAACAUGCCGGCAAUCAUUGACGUACUGGAAACAACAGAGUCCGGCAGCAGCAUCUUCAAAGUGGAGGCGGUGGACAGGGACACAGGCUCAGGUGGCUCAGUCACCUACUACCUCCAGAAUCCUCAGCCCGCUUUGUUUGCCAUCGACAGGCACAGUGGUGUCCUACGUAUCAAAUCUGGGGAAAUGUUGGACUAUGAGAAGACAAAGACACAUUUUGUCACUGUCGUUGCAAAGGAUGGUGGUGGUAAUUUUAAUGGCAAGGAGCAGUUCAUGUCGUCAUCGGCGACCCUGACGAUCAAUGUGAUCGACGCGCAGGACACUCCGCCGUCUUUCAUUGGCACGCCGUACUUUGGCUACGUUUAUGAAAUCUCAGUGCCGGGAUCUGAAAUAUUCACUGUUUCAGCCAAAGAUGGUGAUGUGGGAAACCCCAAUCCCAUACGUUAUUCCUUUGAAGAAGGUGACGAUGGUGUUUUUCACAUCAAUAAGACAAGCGGUUGUAUCACCCUGCUGACUCUGCCCAUUUAUCUGAAGAGAGAAAUCUUCAACAUUAAAGUCAAGGCAUCCGAAGUCAGUCCUGAAGGCAGACUCCUGGACUACGGGGUGGCUACGGUGGUGAUCCGAGUGGUGGACCUGAACAAUAACCCACCUACAUUCUACGGAGAGAAAGGCCCACAGAACAUGUUUGAGUUGACCAUGUAUGAGCAUCCACCAGAGGGAGAGAUACUCCGGGGGCUGAAAAUCACUGUCAAUGACUCCGAUCAGGGUGCCAAUGCUAAAUUCAACCUGAGGCUGAUCGGUCCAGGGAGGAUGCUGCGGGUCGUCCCUCAGACUGUUCUCAAUGAGGCCCAAGUCACAAUCUUAGUAGAAGACUCCGCUGCCAUGGACUACGAGAAAAACCACUUUCUCACAUACAAGCUUCUUGCAGUCGAGAUCGACACACCCGAGAGAUUCAGCGCCACCGCCGACAUCGUCAUUCACCUGCUGGACACCAAUGACAACGCUCCCAGAUUCUCCUCCGAUUAUUACAUCGCCAGAAUUCCAGAAAACUCACCCGGCGGCUCCAACGUGGUUUCAGUCACGGCUACAGACCCAGACUCAGGACCUUGGGGUGAAGUGAAGUACUCCAUCUAUGGAUCAGGGGCUGACCUGUUCCUGAUCCAGCCUGCAUCUGGGAUCAUCUACACACAGCCGUGGGCCAGCCUGGAUGCAGAGGUGAGAUCCAAGUAUAACUUCUAUGUGAAAGCAGAGGACACGGAGGGGAAGUACAGCCUGGCUGAAGUCUUUGUGACGGUGCUCGACCUGAAUGACCAUCCACCUGCGUUUAACGACAACUUCCUCGAGACGACUAUGGUGAUCGGAGCACCCGUGAAAAUAGAGGCUGUGGACGACGAUGCGGAAAUACCCAACAACGUCAUCGAGUACGCCAUCAUGAAAGCUGAUCCGGACAACAACAUCUUCGACAUCAAUGCUGACACGGGGGAGAUCGUGCUCAAGUCCUACAUCAAGUCGAUGGCCAUCAUUCAGAACAUCACCAAGCAGAGAGACUGCACGUGGUCGCUGGUGGUGCAGGCCCGCGACCGGGGCCAGCCGUCCUUCAGCACCACGGCAGUCGUCAAGAUCGACAUCACUGAAGCUACCCAACUCAAGGGGGGGCCUUUGGGAUCAUUUUUGAUGCACAAUAGAAACAAGCCUUUGCAAAUCCUAGGCAUGCUUGGGGGUUUCAUUGUUUUCAUGGUCAUAGUCACGGUCAUCAUCUCCACUGCAACAUUCUUGCGCAACAAAAAGUCCAACCGGAUCCUGCCCAACCGCCGCGUGAGGAGGAGGAAACAGCAUCCCUGGAACCUCAAGAACCCCUUCAAGAAACCCGAAAACCCCGGAGUGAAAUUCAGAGUGGAGGAGGACGAGCGGGAGCCAGAGGUCGUCGUGGAGAACGUCAACUGUAACAAUAAUGUCCCCAGUGUUGUGAGACAAUGGCCCCCACCUCCGCCGCCCUUCGCCCCGUCUCUGCCCCCUCCGCCGCCACCCUACAUCCCGGGGGAGAGGCAUUGGGCGGUGCCCACCGUCUCGGCAACGGUGGCAGGGAAACCCAAAAAGAAGCCAGUGGGAACCAGAGAGGACACUGUGAACAAAGCGCUGGUCUCAGAGCUCAAGAUGAGACUCGAGCAGAAGAGGAUGAAACAUCACUAGUGCUGGGAAGGUAGCACUUUAUACUAGGGUGCACAUAUUAACCUUUGACUAGUCUCUCAUUGGCAAGGAAAUAGUAGCAAAAAGUUGGCCGCUUAUUAGUCUUUAUAAACCAAUUUAAAGGCUCAUCAUGCAUGGCCAUAUUCUACAACUACGAGCCCAUUAAACCCACAUUCCAAAAUGACAUCCUGCUCAUAACUAAUUCACCAGUAGUUUUACUUUUGUUGACCGCCAGAUUAACACUAGCUAACAAACAUUAAUGGUGGUAAUGCCAGCAAUGCUAGCAAGCUGACAUUACCGUUGCUGACAUUAGUUAGCAUUAAGAAACCUACUUGCUACCAACAAGCAGUAAACUGGAGGUUAUUGAGCGACAAAUCUGAGGUAAUGUGGCCGAGUGGUUGUAGAAUACAGUCGUGCAGGAUAAAGGGAUUAAUGAGUGCUUUAUAAAGGCUAAAAGAGAGUCAAUAUGCUACUAAUAAACAUGUUAAUAAGCAACUUGUUAAUGGUUAAUAUGUGUACCCUAAUAUAAAGUGUUACCACUUCACAAAACCUUCUCAUCCCAAAGUCCAUUUAGUAGCAGUUCUGGAGCUUUCAUUCCGCAAAUCUGUCAUUACUGAUGUUCAAAUUGUGGUUGUUUUUGAUGUAUGAACAAAUGGAAAUGUUGAAACAGAAUUUUAAACUUCCACGCAUCUACUUCAAGACAAUGAGCUCCAGAAUGAAACUCCACUGAUGGACCUUGAGGUGGUAUUGUUUUGUCAACUGAUGUUUCCAAGUACAUGAGUGAACUUUGAAACUCUGUGUGUGUGUGUGUGUGUGUGUAUGUGUGUAUGUGUUUUCAAAAAGGUUAAUUAUUCCACAUGUAUCAGUCAUUUUCAUGUGAUGGUGAAAAAAAAUUCAUGUGUGUCCUCGUUCAGAUCACGUUUUGAAUUCACGACCUUUCAUCAUUUGUUUCCGGUUGAAGUGUCUGUGUUUGUAACAGAUAAGUUCCACCUUUUGAACCGUUUGUUGACACACUGGCGGCUUAAAGUUCCUCAGCCGAGAUCCCUUGUCGGGAAGGAAGUUGUCCAGAUUCCGACAAGAAGAGAGAGACUGUUUAUUUGGAAUCCAACCAAGCUCCUUACACGGGAUUUCAUGACACUUGGACUGACUAAAGAGAUCAGCCUGAGGAGAGGGAACCAAAGUGAUCACGUUAGGAGGACCUUUAAUCCGUCUGCGCAGGUGUAAAGCACUGUCUGGUGUCUUGUUUUGCAAGACUCUUGCUUGUUCAGUCACAAGUCACGUUACAUUUAAUCAAGACUGUGUGUCAUUUCAUUAUGACAGUAUAUGUGGUGGUUUACCGUCAAAAGAACACUUGUCAGGAUUUUAAUACCAAUAAAGUAACGGCAUUUGUAAUUUC